AUGCUGCCAUCAUCAAGAACACGGGCCUUUGCCCGUGCCAUAAAUGCAAUUCAAACCCGUCAUCUCUCCACGAACCCCUCCACAACACCCAUAGCUUCCGUCCUUAUAGCAAACCGCGGUGAAAUUGCUCUUCGAGUUGGACGCACAGCCUCUGAACUUGGCGUGCGCUGUACGACUAUCUAUACGGAUCCAGAUUCGCACUCACAGCAUGCCCUCUCGAGUCCCUUCGCCGUUAAUCUCGGUGCACCGACUGCCUAUCUUGACGGGGAGCGGAUUAUAAAGGUUGCAAAGGAGCGGGGCUGCGAGGCCUUACAUCCGGGAUAUGGGUUCUUAAGUGAGAAUUCGGCGUUUGCGAAGAGAUGUGUGGAGGAGGGCUUGGUGUUUAUUGGACCACCAUGGAAGGCUAUUGAGGCUAUGGGUAAUAAGUCCCGGAGUAAGGAGAUUAUGAUUGCUGCUGGGGUUCCCUGUAUACCGGGCUACCAUGGAAAGAACCAGGAUCCGGAAUACUUUUUAGAAGAGUCCAGAAAGAUUGGUUUUCCAGUCAUGGUAAAAGCAGUGAAAGGAGGUGGUGGGAAGGGAAUGAGAAUUGCACUUACUGAGGAUGAAUUCUUGAGUAAACUGGAGAGCGCAAAGAGUGAAGGCAGAAAUUCUUUUGGGGAUGAUGAGAUGCUGGUCGAGAAGUACAUCUCAACCCCAAGGCAUAUUGAAGUCCAAGUUUUUGCGGACAAAUAUGGUAAUGCCGUGGCAUUAGGAGAGCGAGAUUGCAGUCUACAAAGAAGACACCAAAAGGUUUUGGAAGAAGCUCCAGCCCCUAACCUCGCCGAGGAUAUUAGACAAGACCUAUGGGAGAAGGCAAGAGCUGCUGCAUUAGCUGUACAAUAUGAGGGUGCUGGAACGGUAGAAUUCAUCUUUGACAACGAUACCAAUGAGUUCUUCUUCAUGGAAAUGAAUACAAGACUCCAAGUCGAGCACCCUGUGACCGAAGAGAUCACCGGGGAAGAUCUCGUAUCCUGGCAGUUCAAGGUUGCCGCUGGCGAGCCUCUACCCCUUGAUCAAGCUACGAUUACACAGAGAAUUUCAGAACGUGGAUGGGCCAUUGAAGCUCGUAUCUACGCCGAAAACCCAAGUGAAAACUUCAUGCCAGAUUCAGGCAAGCUGAGUCAUUUACGGACUCCCCAAACAUCUGACAGUGUUCGCAUAGACGCUGGUUUUAUCCAAGGCGAUACUGUCUCCUCGGCCUAUGAUGGUAUGAUUGCGAAGCUCAUUGUCAGCGGUCCAACUCGAGAGGUAGCUCUUCGGAAACUUCAUGCUGCGUUGCAGGACUACGAGGUAGUAGGCCUAAACACCAAUAUCGAGUUCUUGAAGAAGAUUUGUAAAAGUCCAGCAUUCAUCAGAGGUGAGGUAGAGACUGGGUAUAUUCAGAAAUACCACGAUGAGCUGUUUGCUCCUGAAGUUGUUGAGCCGGAAACAUUCGCCCAAGCUGCGUUAGGUAUUUUGGCAAAAGAGAGUCUUGAGAAGGGAGCAGACUUCCCUACCGGUCCACAUGGACAAGCCACUGGAUUUAGUGCGCGGAAUGAGCGCCAGUUUUUGUUUAUGGAUUCCAGCGGCUCGGAGUCGAAACAAUUUAAUGUCACUAUCAACCAGUCCGGGCAGAAGUUGUACAAUAUUCAGGUCAAGGGUCCUGGAAUAGACGGGUCCUUCGAAAACGUUGUCUGCGAAGGAGGUGUUCCUUCUAUCUCAACAUUCUAUCCUCAUACGCGGAUUGAGAGUACCAUUAUCACGGACGGUGACAAAUUGACCAUCUUUCAACAGGGAAAGAAGACUCAGUUAAGGCUAGCCACGCCAUCAUGGUACGAAAAAGCAUUAGGAUUGAAAGAUGUGACCAACAGUGUCCUGGCACCUAUGCCAUGCAAGGUAUUGAGAAAUGAGGUCAAAGAGGGCGAUGAGGUUGAAAAGGAUCAGGCUUUAGUUGUCAUCGAGAGUAUGAAGAUGGAGACCGUAAUUCGGUCACCGCAAAAAGGGGUCAUUGCCAAGCUGGUGCACCAGGAGGGAGACAUAUGCAAGGCUGGGACGGUCCUUGUGCUCUUUGAAAAGGUAUCUAUUCUCCUUAAACAACGGGGUUGCUGA